AUGGAUGCCUUCUCUUCCAAUUUCCUCUCACCAUUCACUCUCUCUAAUACAAGACUCCAUGUAUGGCCGCCGGUUAACAAAAACCCUUCAACCAUUCACAUUUCCAAAACACGAUCGAGUCUUCGUAAUAACGAGGAAAAACCCAUCCGACGAAUCGGGUCAUCCUUAUCCGCAAGAGUAUUAAACGCAUUUGAUGAUAUAAUCAACAAAUUCAUUGACCCGCCGGUUCUCCGACCAUCCGUAGAUCCCCGUCUAAUUCUCACCGAUAAUUUCGCUCCGGUCGAUGAGCUGCCGCCGUCCGAGUGCGAGUUGAUAUUCGGCCAUCUUCCAGAAUGCCUUGACGGCGCUUACAUCCGUAACGGCCCGAACCCACAAUUUAUCCCUCGAGGCCCAUACCAUCACUUCGACGGCGACGGGAUGUUGCACGCGAUCCGAAUCUCAAACGGGCGGGCCACCCUUUGUAGUAGGUACGUCAAAACGUAUAAAUUCUCCGUCGAACGCGAAAUCGGGGGUCCGGUGUUCCCGAAUAUCCUCUCCGAUUUCUAUGGUCUAUUCGGGUCGGUUUCUCGAGUUGCCCUAGCCAUCGGCCGAAUACUUGCGGGUCAAUUCAAUCCUAUGAACGGAAUCGGCCUCGCGAACACUGGCAUCGCUCUCAUAUCAGGCCGACUAUACGCUCUCUGUGAAUCUGACCUACCUUACGCCGUCAAGAUCUCUCCGGUCAACGGAGAUGUGGUCACCAUCGGCCGCCACAACUUUGGCGGGAAGCUAUUCACGAACAUGGCAUCCCACCCGAAAAUCGACCCGGAAACCAAGGAUACUUUCGUUUAUCGAUAUAGUCUUGUCUAUCCGUUUUUGACUUACUUCCGGUUCGACCCGGACGGAAACAAACAACCCGAUGUGCCCAUAUUCUCUGUGAAAAUUCCUUCCUUAUUCCACGACUUUGCCAUCACAAAAAAGUACGCUAUAUUCGUGGACAUACAGAUUGGGUUUACUCCGUUGGAGCUGAUAUUCGGUUCUGGGUCGCCCAUAGGGGUUGACCCGAGAAAGGUGUCUAGGAUUGGGAUAAUCCCUCGGUAUGCAACGAACGAUGCAGAGAUGAGGUGGUUCGAGGUGCCCGGUUUAAAUUCCAUGCACUCGGUAAGUGCAUGGGAUGAGGACGGCGGGGAGUCGGUGGUGAUGGUGGUUGCAAACAUAAUCUCGCCGGAGCAUAUGUCGGGGAGGAUGGAUUUGGCGUAUACUCAGCUGCAGAAGGCGACAAUUGAUAUGAGGAAUGAGAUAGUUUGCCUGCAUACCCUUGCCACAAGUAAUUUGGAAUUGGGUGUCAUCAACCCAAAUUAUAUAGCUAAAAAAAUCAGAUAUGUGUAUGCUUCAAUUGAGGAUCCAAUGCCUAAGAUAACGGGACUAGUGAAGUUAGACAUCUCCCUUUCGGAAACUGAUUGUAAAGAUUGCACAGUGGCUAGUAGGAUGUUUGGACCCGGUUGCUACGGCGGAGAGCCUUUCUUUGUGGCCAAGGAACCGGACAAUCCAAUGGCGGAUGAAGACGAUGGUUAUCUUAUAACUUAUGUACAUAAUGAAAAUACAAAGGAGUCUAAGUUUUUGGUAAUGGAUGCUCAGUCCUCCUUUCUUGAUAUCAUUGCUAUGGUGAAGCUUCCACAACGGGUACCCUAUGGCUUUCAUGGACUUUUUGUAAGAGAGAAUGAUAUUAAGAACUUUUAG